CCAGAGGUAGUUAUUAAUGCCAUUGCUUCUCAUCACCGGGAUUUUGCUCCUACUAAUCUUUACUCUUUAAUUGUUCUAGCAGCGGAUAGAUUGUCCGCUGCUCGUCCAGGUGCUCGGGGAUAUCAAUCCGAGGCUUACAUAGAACGAAUGAAUAGUUUGGAAAAUAUUGCUAACGAAUUUCCAGGCAUCAAAAAAAGUUAUGCUUUUCAAGCCGGAAGAGAGGUAGAAAAAAUCAAAAAGGAGAUUGUCAUUCCUGGUGAAGUAGUUAUUCAAGUGGUGCGGGAAAAAAGAUUUACGCAAAGAUUACAUCAUCGUCCAGAGCCUACCAAAACCAAAUCUCGCCUAAAAAGUUUUAUGGGAGUUUAUUGA